UUAGCAAUAUACAAAACUGUAUAAUUUUUUUACAAUGAUUUUUUCUUUAAAUGAAUUAGUUCAUUGGUUAGGUUUGACUAUCUUUGAAAUAUGGAUCAACUUAGUUGCCUUAACAUUUUUCACUAUACUACUAGCUUUAAAAUUAGAUGAAAAUUACUUUUUGGGUCCAUCGGGAUGGUGGGAAGUAUUCUCGCCGUUAUUUAUUGCCGAUGGUUUGAAUACAUAUUUCUGUGCUAUUAUAUUUAUCAGAAUGUAUAUGGAGGGAAUGAUCAGAGUAGGGAUCUUGCGAGCAUUAUGGAGUCAAAUAUCAUUAUUGUUGGUCUUUGUUUUCAAGUAUCUUCUGUGUAAAAAGCUCUCUGGACAAAGCACAUUGGAGUAUUCAGAAGUUCUGAGCCCUGUAUUCAUUCUUUUACAACUGAUCGCUGUUAGAGCUUGUCAAUUACAUUGAGGGAAACAGAAGAACUUUCCUGUGUGCACGAUACUACUUCCAAAGCGUCUCUGUUAUAUGUAAGAAUAUAUGUUAUGUGUUACAUGAUACACUUGUAUAUAUUACAUUUUGUCAGAUACAAUAUUUAGAUUAAAUUGUUUAAAAUAAUUUAUUCCAUUGUUAACACUACUUUAUAUUUCAUCCUGUUGUUUAAAAUUAUGUAAGCUGUUCUUAAGCUAUAAUGUAUGUAGUACCAAUUUAAAUACUUUUCUUAAAAGCAUAAACAAAUAGAUUUAACACUAAUGUUAAUUAAAACGAUAAAGUAAUGUGAAAAUAAAUAUAUUUUUUCUAU